AUGGUCGACAUGCAGGAGAAAUCCGAGGGCGGCUCACCCGUCCAGCGGAGGGCCCGAGCCAUCCUGCCUCCCGCGACCACAGAGGCAACUGCCACUCACAGCACGUUCGGGCCGUCAUCGCACGCUACGCCCCGGGCAUCAUCGGUGGAUGAUGGCUUCAGGCACAGGUUCAAGAGUUACCGCCUGCGCGGCGAAUAUGAGAAGCCCUGGCUGGCGGACCCAGCCAUGAAGAAGACGCGUUGGAACAACUACAUCGUCUGGGCGUGGCUGGCGCUGGGCGUCAUCGGCGCUGGAGUCAUCUGCUUCUUCCUGGUCUGGCCGUACCGAAACCUUGAUUAUUGUCUCGUAUAUGAAGACCACUUUGACAGGCUCGACACGGACAUCUGGACACACGAAGUGCAGCUGGACGGGUUCGGUACAGGCGCCUUCGACUGGACAACGGCAGACGCCAAGAACUCGUACAUUGAUACCUCGGGACUGCACAUUGUGCCGACACUUACCAACGAGACAACGGGCAUCACAAGCGACCAGCUCUACGCAAACUACACGCUUGACCUGCUCAAAGAUGGCACCUGCACGAGCCAGCAGAACUCGUCGUGCGUGACGCGAUCUGACCCCAAGAAGGGCGUCAUGAUUCCUCCUGUGCGCUCCGCACGCCUGUCCACGAAGGGCAAGAAGAGCAUCCGCUAUGGCAAGGUCGAGGUCGUGGCCAAGAUGCCCAAGGGGGACUGGAUCUGGCCCGCCAUCUGGAUGAUGCCUGAAGACUCUGUAUACGGCGAGUGGCCCCGCAGCGGCGAAAUCGACAUCAUGGAGUCCCGCGGCAACGGGCGAGACUAUUCUGAAGGCGGCCGCAACUACUACUACGGCACGCUGCACUGGGGCCCCACGAGCGAGACCGAUUCGUACUGGAAGACGACCAACGCGAAGCGCAUCCGCCGCGGCGACUACUCGUCGUCGUUCCACACGUUCGGCGUGCAGUGGACGCCCAACUACAUCUACUUUUACAUCGACUCGCGCGUCCACCAGAUCCUCUUCAUCGGCUUCGAGCGCGACCGCCCGCUCUACGACGUGGGCCGCUUCGCCAGCAUGGCCGAGAACCAGACCCUGCUCGCCAACCCCUGGGCGCGCAGCAACUCGUCCACCGGCAACGCGCCCUUUGACCAGCGCUUCUACCUCGUCCUCAACGUGGCUGUCGGGUCCCGCAACGGCUGGUUCUUGGACCACGUCGGCGGCAAGCCCUGGAUCGACGAGGCCAAGAACGCGCAGUGGACGUUCUGGGACGCGGCCGACGAGUGGCUGCCCACGUGGGCCGAGGGCGACGAGCGCGGCAUGACGGUCCGCUCCGUGCGCAUGUGGCAGCAGGGCGCGUGCGGCCAGAUGGAGGAGCUGUAG